GCCGGGGUGGCGGAAGCGGCUCCUGCAGACCCGGUGCGCCCCGGCGGCUCUCGGCGGCUUCCUCCUGAGGUCCUGCGGCCCCCGGCCAGGAGGGAGGCCAGGCGAGGUUGGGGAUAGUGGCGGCAGAAGCUCGGGGCGGUUACGGUGGCGGCCCAUGAUCGGUCCCUCUCGGAGCUGCACUUUUACAAGAGAGGCGCCCCAGCAAGACUCUCCCGGAGAGUCGGCCGGCUGUUCACCUUCAUGGGCCAGACGGCCCUGGCAGGGGGCGGUAGCAGCAACCCCGCCCCACAGGCCGUCUACCCUGACCUCUCUCGUCCCGAGGGCUUGGAGGAGCUGCUGUCGGCUCCCCCUCUUGAUCUGGGGGCUCAAAGGCGCCACGGCUGGAACCCCAAAGACUGCUCCGAGAACAUCGUGGUCAAGGAAGGGGGUCUGUGCUUUGAGCGGCGGCCGGUGGCCCAGAGCACAGAUGGGGCGCGGGGAAAGAGGGGCUACUCCAGGGGCCUGCACGCCUGGGAGAUCAGCUGGCCGCGGGAGCAAAGGGGCACCCACGCCGUGGUGGGCGUGGCCACGGCCAGCGCCCCGCUGCAGGCUGACCACUACGCGGCGCUGCUGGGCAGCAACAGCGAGUCGUGGGGCUGGGACAUUGGGCGAGGGAAGCUGUACCAUCAGAGCAAGGGGCCUAACGCUCCCCGAUAUCCAGCUCAACCUCAGGGUGAGCAACUGGCGGUGCCGGAGAGGCUGCUGGUGGUUCUGGAUAUGGAAGAGGGAACUCUGGGCUACGUUGUUGGGGGUACCUACCUGGGGCCAGCCUUCCGUGGACUGAAGGGCAGGACACUCUAUCCCGCUGUGAGCGCUGUCUGGGGCCAAUGCCAGGUUCGCAUCCGCUACCUGGGCGAGAGGAGAGCGGAGCCACACUCCCUUCUGCAUCUGAGCCGCCUGUGUGUGCGCCACACCCUGGGGGAUACCCGGCUUGGCCAGGUGUCUGCUCUGCCCUUGCCCCCUGCCAUGAAGCGGUACCUGCUCUACCAGUGACCCUGUGACACCACCCCUACCCUGGACCUACAAAAGCCAGUGAGGUUGGGCCCCUUCUGCAGCACAAGCUCUGCAGAGCUCAACAGGACCAUAGACACCCAGAACAGCCAGGAGAGAGGAUGUUCCAGGCUGUGGCAGCCUGGUAUUCAAGACCUUUUUCAAGUAAAAAUAAUAGAUGAAUGUUAAAGAUAAAAAAAAUUAGUAAGAAAUAUGUUAUAGAAACCUA